AUGGGAAAUGCCUGUGGGCAGAACAACCAGCCAAAUAUCAACAAAAGGAUAUUUACAAGGCUUAUAGAGGCAAUAGAAAGCCUCUCAUGUGAUCAAGACAAAGCAAGUAUACAGCAAGAUAACAGCAACAAAGUACAUGAAAAAUGGAGUGAAGAGAAAAUACAGUUUAUGAGAAAGUACGGGCACAUGAGAUGA